GAACCCCAAAGACCCCAAAAAGGGCUGAACUCCAGAAGUGGAACUUGCCUGGGCUGUGGGGCCCUCAUUUUAUUGUCCCCUUACAGAGUUUACUGGGGCAGCAGGGCAAGUUGUCAGGCACCAUGAGUGACAAUGCUGGAGAAGGGAGAGCAUCAGAAAAGAGGAAAGAGCAGAAAGGCAGGAAAGCAGGCGAGAGUUCCAAGGUGGAAGAUGAAUUCAAAGAACUGUCCAUCUACUUCCCUAAGGAGCAAUGGGCAGAGAUGGGAGCCUGGGAGAAAACCCGCUACAGGAACAUGAAGCGGAACUAUGAGUUUAUGGUUGAACUAGGGCUUCCUACCCCGAAACCCGCAUUUAUGUGUCGUGGUCGACGUCCCCAGAACCCCAUCAUAUACGACUCUGAAUCUGAUGAAGACUGGACACCAAAACCUUUAGUUAAAACCUUCAGGCCACCACGUAAAUCUGGCAGUUUGAAACAGGAAAAAAAGAAAAGGCAGAACAUCAGUCAAAAUGAAAAGACAGUGCUGGAGAAGGCCUCUGAGAAUCAGACAGACACUGAGAAAUUGGACAAAAAUUCCGAUGUAGGCACCAGAAUCCCUGUCACUAAUGUUGUUGAUCUGAAAACUGAUCUACCCAGGUUAGCAGUUUCUAAAACCCAGGGGCAGAGCACCCAAGUUAACACAUACAGCUUACGAAAGAGAGAGAAAAAAGUGUACGUUGAAAUAAAUGAACCACAAGAUGAUGAUUAUUUAUUUUGUGAGAUUUGCCUGACAUUCUUCAUUGAUGAGUGUUCGGUUCAUGGCCCUCCAGUUUUCAUCAAAGACCCAAUAGUAGAAACAGGACAAGAAAGGAGAGCAGCUCUCACUUUGCCCCCGGGGAUGCGAAUUGGGCUUUCGAGUAUCCCACAGGCUGGGCUUGGAGUCUGGAAUGAGGCAGACACCCUGCCGAUCGGAGUUCAUUUUGGCCCAUACGAUGGAAGGAUAACCGAGGAUGAGGAAGCAGCCCACAAUGGUUAUUCUUGGCUGAUCACCAAGGGAAGAAACUGGUAUGUAUACAUUGAUGGAAAGGAUGAAACUAAUGCCAACUGGAUGAGGUAUGUUAACUGCGCUAGGGAUGAGGAAGAGCAGAACCUUGUCGCUUUCCAGUAUCAUGGGAAAAUCUACUAUAGAGUGUGCAGGCCCAUCCUGCCGCAUAGUGAGCUUCUGGUCUGGUACGGGGAUGAAUAUGGCAAGGAGCUGGGCAUCAAGUGGGGCACGAGAUGGAAAAGCACAGCUCCACCCAAAGUACGUGGGCAGGAUCUACACUGCUAUCCAUGCCCUUGCUGCAGGCUGGCUUUCAGCAGCAAAGAUUACCUCAGACAACACUUGAAGUAUAAGCACCUGCCUACCGAAUUGCAGACUGAAGAAGACGAAGGUGCUCUGGGAGGGGAAUCUUGCCUUAAAACCAGAGGUCUUUCCUUCCCGGGGGAUCCACCAUCACAGCAGCUGCCACCAAACCCCAGCUCCCUCCACAAAGACACAUGGGGAAAGAAACCACAUUUGCAAGGGCAGAGGGAAGGUGUGGGAGGUAGAGAGGCGUUUGGCUUACUGUCAAACCUGCCUCCACAGCAGUGGAGAGACACAACAGAGGAGCCACAUGCACAGAGCGAAACAGGGGAGGAGGGAAGGGGCGGUCGCAGACAGAAGUGGUAUUCCUGGGGCGAGUGUGGGCAGAACUUCCACAGGCCAUCACACCUAGUUAGACAUCAGCAGAGCCACACAGGAGAGAAGUCCUAUCCUUGUGGUGAGUGUGGGAGGAGGUUCAGCCAGUCAUCAGACCUCACCAGACACCAGCGCACCCACACGGGAGAGAGGCCCUUCCAGUGCCUGGAGUGUGGGAGGAGGUUCAGCCAGUCAUCCAGCCUCGCCACCCACCAGCGCACCCACACGGGAGAGAGGCCCUUCCAGUGCUUGGAGUGUGGGAGGAGGUUCAGGCAGUCAUCCAACCUCGCCACCCACCAGCGCACCCACACGGGAGAGAGGCCCUUCCAGUGCUUGGAGUGUGGGAGGAGGUUCAGCCAGUCAGCCAGCCUCGCCACCCACCAGCGCACCCACACGGGAGAGAGGCCCUUCCAGUGCUUGGAGUGUGGGAGGAGGUUCAGCCAGUCAUCAGACCUCACCACCCACCAGCGCACCCACACGGGAGAGAGGCCCUUCCAGUGCCUGGAGUGUGGGAGGAGAUUCAGCCGGUCAUCCAGCCUCGCCACCCACCAGCGCACCUACACGGGAGAGAGGCCCUUCCAGUGCCUGGAGUGUGGGAGGAGGUUCAGCCGGUCAUCCAGCCUCGCCACCCACCAGCGCACCCACACGGGAGAGAGGCCCUUCCAGUGCCUGGAGUGUGGGAGGAGGUUCAGGCAGCCAUCAAACCUGACCUGCCACCAACGGACUCACGCCUAGAGGGGAAACAACUGUCAGAGCUGGCAGCUGACUGACAUGAGGGCUCUGUGUCAAUCCUGUGGGAUUCUGGGUAAAGCAGGGAGCUGUAGUGAUAGACUCCUUAACCUUCUUGGCGGGCUUUUGGUUUGCUCCUCUGCUUCAUACUGACUGCGGUGGUCAGUGUAACCCCCUUCACCUUUCCGCUCCUGGGCUGAGUGGAGAGCAGCGUCCUUCAAGCUGGGCUACUGCCCCAGCCCCUUUGCUGUUCUGAGGGGCCUGCUGCGGCUGCCUCUCCAGCAGAGACUUGGCCUGUGACCAACAGGAGCUAGGGGGGCCAGGAGCAGCAGGAAUUAAAGCAGUUACUGUAGCUGCUGGGCUUGAGUAGACCGUAAUCCCCUCGUGCUCCUGUCCACACUUUGCUGCAGCCUUGCUACUGUGUGAGGUGGAGCCAGGCCAGGGUGGGAGCAAGGCAGGAGCCACCUCCCGUUUGUCGCACACCAUGUGUCGUGGCUAGUGCAGGGGGAGCCAAGCACCUGGCCUGGGUUAGUCAGACUUCAGCAAGGGGAGGUCCUUCUCACACGAGAGCAAGGCAAGGAUGGGGUGACUAACUCCGAAUGGGUACUGGGGGGGCAACGCCUCAAGCGCGGUUCAGACUCCCGGCUGGGGUUGACUCUCACCAAUGUGCUCAUGAGGCUGGAAAUGCCUUGCCUGCCUAUUAACACUCUGUUGUUCAUGUUUUGUUCCUAUGAGUUCCUUCUCUCCCUCUUGGGAAGAUGAUAUUUUCCAUCCACGUUCCUUCUGUAUAGAAUUUCUUUAAGCCUGUGUUAAUAAAAUGAGCUUCUG